CGUCGAAGGUGGUUUCCCAUUGGAUGAAGAGCUCGUUCUUCUUCUCCUUACAGUCCUGGCGAGAAUUACUGCCGCUUUUUGCGCGACUGAGAAAGGCAAAAUGUCUGCACGAGUAGCUGUGGUGACUGGAUCCAACAAAGGCAUUGGUCUGGCUAUUGUGAGAGCCCUGUGCAAGCAGUUUUCUGGGGAUGUGUAUUUGACAGCCCGGGACUCUGAACGAGGCAAAGCAGCAGUGACACAACUGUCGGAAGAAGGAUUAAAACCACUUUUCCACCAACUAGAUAUUAAUGAUCUGGGGAGUAUCCAAACUCUCCGUGAUUUUCUCAAGGAAAAAUAUGGCGGAUUGGAUGUGCUAGUCAACAAUGCUGGGAUUGCCUUCAAAGGUGCAGAUACAACCCCAUUUGCUGUACAAGCAGAAGUCACGCUGAGAACAAAUUUUUUUGCAACCAUGAAUGCUUGCACAGAACUUCUGCCACUAUUGAAACCUAAUGGGAGGGUAGUCAAUGUAUCCAGCAUGGUUUCAGUUUCAGCAUUGUCCAAAUGUAACCAGAAUCUGCAGGAGAAAUUUCGGAGUGACACAAUCACUGAAGAAGAGCUAGUGAAACUCAUGGAAAAAUUUGUGGAAGAUACCAAGAAGGGAGUGCAUGAGAAGGAAGGCUGGCCAAGUACUGCUUAUGGAGUAUCCAAAAUUGGAGUGACAGUUUUAUCAAGAAUUCAGGCAAAGCUAUUGAAUGAGACAAGAAAAAAUGAUGGUAUUCUCCUGAAUGCUUGUUGUCCUGGGUGGGUCAGAACAGAUAUGGCAGGUUCCAGAGCCACAAAAAGUCCAGAUGAGGGAGCUGAGACUCCAGUUUAUUUAGCGCUUUUAUCUCCUGGUGCUACUGAGCCCCAUGGCCAAUUUGUUAGUGAAAAGAAAGUUCAGAAAUGGUAACUAUGCUCUUGCAUUAGGCUGUAUAUAAGAACUGGAAGUUAUAGAUGCUACAAAAAUCUUUGCUACAGGUAUCUCCUCUAGCAAUUGUGCCAAGCUCCUAUGCCAUGGAGGUGAGAACCAACAUACAGCGGAUUGAAGUAAAAAGCAUCCAGUUGCUUAGUGAGAUCACUGUUUAAUCUUCUGCUGAGGGUGACAAUUAGUGCUGCAUCUUAGUAACAGGCUUUGGGAUUCUCACUCUUCUCUAAAUUUGGGUAGCUUUUCAAUAUUGGCUUCGAAGAUAAUUCACUCCAAAGAUUUAUAAAGCACAUAUGCAUAAUUUUUUCUUUCAAUAAAGAUCAUUUUUGGUAAUGUAUUAACUGUCAUCUUGAAAAUAAAUCUUGACUAUAUAAAACAGUAAAUAAAGUUCAUGAUUAAUAAUUUGACAGCUAUUUAUGAUUUCAGUACAAAUACAUUUUCACCCCAUUAAUCACAAUAAUCACAACUAUUGGAAGUGUUCUUUCCUAGAUUCAAUGGGCAGUGUAUAUUUGUGUGGGGUAUUUUUAAGCAGAGAUAGGGAUCUCUGGUUUUCCAGUAUAGAUGAACAGCAGCACCAACAGCAGUAUAAGUGUGACAAAUAGUGAGGGACUGUGAGAAUCUAAUGCAGCAAAAUCUGAAGAAUUGCUUGCCAUCCUACCUCUAAAGUAGGAAAAUUCAAAUGUGAAAUAUUUGCACAUUGUACAGAAAGUAUAGUAUAUACACCUUCUCUCCCAUCAUUUAUAUGGAUAAAAUGCAAUAGUAAUAGGCCAAUCUUGUAUGAUUUAAAUAGUUCUAAAAAUAUUGAUGUGUUACUUAACAUUCAAGAAAUGUUAUUACAAUAGGCAUUUACAUAUUAUUGGGUACAUAUAUACCCAAACACAAAAUUUAUAAUAAAAAGAUUAGACAAUAAGGCUCCCCCCCUUUUUAAGGGAACCUAUAUGAGUCCAGAAAGAUAUAAAAAUGUUAAUAGCAGAAAGUUGUUUUUCUUGUUUUAAGUAAAUAAAAAUAUUAAAAUGGCAUAUAAAUAUAAUUCAGAAUUUGGUCAGUUUAUUUAAAUAGUGGUGAUCUGAAGAA